AUGUUAUCCGAUCAACAAGAAAUACCAGCAAAAGUAUUAGACGAUUUAUGCAGCCGUUUUAUUAUUAAUAUCCCAGCUGAACAACGUGAUGAUCUCGUUCGAGUAUUAUUUGCUGUAGAAUUAGCUCAUUGGUUUUAUAUAGAUUUUUAUUGUGAAGAUGAUGAUGAUUUAUAUGUAUGUAAUAUCAGAGAAUUUGCUCAACAAAUUUUUCACCAUUGUCCAUUUCUUCGUGAUUAUGUUCAUAAUCUUGAUAGUAUUUUAUCUCGAUGGCGUGGAUAUAAAUUAAGUGUACCAACAUAUGGUGCUGUUUUAAUUGAUCCAACAUAUGAACAUAUAUUACUUGUACGAGGAUUUUAUAAUCGUGAAAGUUGGGGAUUUCCAAAAGGAAAAGUACAAGAAAAUGAAAGUCCAUUAAAAUGUGCUAUACGAGAAGUUAUGGAAGAAGUUGGUUUUGAUAUGAAAGAUCGUGCAUUUGAAGAUCAAUAUUUAGAACGUGAUCUUAAUGGACAACUUAUUCGAUUAUAUAUUGUUAAACAAGUACCACUUGAUACAAAAUUUGCACCGAAAACAAAAAAUGAAAUUAAAGAAAUGCGUUGGUUUCCUAUAGCUGAUUUACCAUGUCAUAGACGUGAUACAAUAUCUCAAAUUAAAUUAAAUAUUAAUCCAAAAGCUUUCUUUAUGGUUAUACCAUUUAUUAAAGAUUUACGUCGUUGGAUAAAUCAAGAAUGUGGUAUAUAUUCAUCAUCAAAUGGUGAUUCAGAUAAUGCUAAUGAAUAUAUAAAACGACAUGAACAAACAAAUUUACAUUAUCAUUCACAAUUAAGACGUCGAAUAACAAUAUAUUCAAAUAAUAAUACUCGACAAAUAAAUAUUCAACAAAAAUUAUUCGGUGUUGAUCAACAAACAUCAUCAUUUAUACGUGAUGGUACAUAUGAACAACGAAGAAAUUCAAGUAAAAUUAUUGCUAAUCUUACACCACAAACUAUUGAUGAACAACAAAUAUUAUCAUCAAAUAAAUUUCAAAAACAAUUAAGUGUACAAGAUACAAUUCAAAGACAUUUUUCUCAAAUACUUAAAAAUGAUUCUAUGACUGUUACUGAUAAUACAUCAAUUACAGAAACAUUACUUAUGAGAGAAAAUAAUUCAGCUGCUGUUAUUAAUACAUCACAUACAAGUCAAUUAACACCACCUAUGUCAAAUGAUGAUGAAAAUAAACGUCCGUUAUCUGUCAAAAAUCAUAAAGGAAAAAGAUUAUCUUGUUUAUCAACAACACCAUUUCGUAUAUUACCGAGAGAUCAACCUGAUGAACUAACUACUCAAAUAAAAACACCCGAAUCAAAUAAUCAAGAUAUUAAAUCUCAACGACAUCGACGUCGUACUGGUCGACAUCAUUUAAAUAAUGACAAAUUACAAGAACCUUUGUUAAAUUUAACAAAUGAUACAUUUCAAUUUAUUGGUCCACGUUGUUGGAGACAAUUUCGUUUAAAUCGUUCCGAAGUCUUUCGUUGUCUUCGCGAGUGA